AGGUGCGGGGGGAGGGACGGGACACCAUGAAGCCACUUCGGGUUGUCACCCUUUGGUGGUUGCUACUGCUGGUGCCCAGGCUGGGGGCCACCGUGAAGGGGUCCCCAGAAGAGGCCUCCUUCUACUACGGAACGUUCCCACCGGGCUUUUCCUGGGGCGUGGGCAGUUCUGCCUACCAGACCGAAGGUGCCUGGGACGAGGAUGGGAAAGGACCCAGCAUCUGGGACGCCUUCACGCACAGCAGGAAGGGGAAGGUGCUUGGGGAUGAGACAGGGGAUGUGGCCUGUGACAGCUACUACAAGUUCCAGGAGGACAUCGCCUUGCUGCGGGAGCUGAACGUGAGCCACUACCAGUUCUCCCUGUCCUGGCCCCGGCUGCUGCCCACAGGUGUUCGAGCUGACAAGGUGAAUGAGAAGGGAAUCCAAUUCUACAGUGACGUCAUUGACGCUCUUCUGAAGAGCAACAUCACCCCCAUGGUCACCCUGCACCACUGGGAUCUCCCACAGCUGCUCCAGGUCAAAUAUGGGGGAUGGCAGAACGCAAGCCUGAUCAACUACUUCAAUGACUACGCCAAUCUGUGCUUUGAGGUCUUUGGGGAUCGAGUGAAGCACUGGAUCACUUUCAGUGAUCCUCGGGCAAUGGUGGAGAAGGGCUAUGAGGUGGGUCGCCAUGCUCCAGGCCUGAAGCUCCGCGGCACGGGUCUGUACAAGGCAGCGCAUCACAUCAUUAAGGCACACGCCCGAACCUGGCAUUCCUACAACACCACGUGGCGCAGCCGGCAGCAAGGCCUGGUGGGGAUUUCGUUAAACUGUGACUGGGGGGAACCUGUGGACAUCAGGAACCCCAAGGAUGUAGAGGCUGCAGAGAGAUACCUGCAAUUCUGCCUGGGCUGGUUUGCCAACCCCAUUUAUGCCGGAGACUAUCCUCAAGUCAUGAAGGACCGUAUAGGAAGGAAGAGCGCCGAGCAAGGCCUGGAGAUGUCACGGCUGCCAGUGUUCUCCCUCCAGGAGAAGAGCUACAUUAAAGGCACGUCGGAUUUCCUGGGAUUGGGUCACUUCACCACGCGGUACAUCACAGAGAGGAUCUACCCCUCCCGACAGGGGCCCAGCUACCAGAACGACCGCGACUUAGUAGAACUGGUUGACCCAAACUGGCCUGAUCUGGGGUCUAAAUGGCUGUAUUCUGUGCCAUGGGGAUUCAGGAGGCUCCUCAACUUUGCUCAGACUCAGUAUGUUGAUCCUCCCAUAUACGUGACAGAAAACGGAGCUUCUCAAAAAUCACACUGCACUCAACUAUGUGACCUGUGGAGAAUACAAUACCUUAAAGGGUACAUAAAUGAGAUGCUAAAAGCUAUAAAAGAUGGGGCUGAUAUCAGAGGGUACACUUCCUGGUCUCUGUUGGAUAAGUUUGAAUGGGAGCAAGGAUACUCAGAGAGAUAUGGAUUCUACUAUGUCAGAUUUAGCAACAGAAAUAAACCUCGCUAUCCAAAGGCUUCGGCUCAAUAUUACAAGAGGAUUAUCUACGCCAAUGGGUUUCCCAGUCCAAGAGAGGUGGAAAGUUGGCAUCACCAAGCCUUAGAAACGUGCUCCAUCAACAACCAUAUGCUUGCUAUAGAGCCGCUGCUGAGUCACAUGCAGAUGGUCACGGAGAUCGUGGUGCCCACGGUCUGCACGCUCUGCAUCCUCAUCGCUGCCGUCCUCCUCACGCUUCUCCUCCCGAGGCGCAGCUGA